GGGGGCGGAAGCGGAAGCCCUGGGUUGGCCUUGGGUUCCGCUGUGGGGGAUGUCCCGUGGGAGCGAGUGAGGCGGUCCUGGGGCCGGCCGGUGUGAGUCCUCGCCUCCUUAUCUGCCAGCCGACUCGGGCCAAGAGACGCCUGCAGGCGCGGGAGGGAGGAAGCUCGACCGCCCAAGAAAAGAGCAAGCGGGCGGGCAGCUGCGGGGCAGAACCAAACUGUAUGCAGGGUCUUUAGAAGUCGGUCCCGGUCGGCGCCGCUGUCCUCGAGGCCAUGGUGCAGGCGGAACUCUGGGCGAUCCCCAGGUGAGGGCAGCGGCUCCGCCCGGGGAUUCCACCGCCCAGGAGCGGGUAGAUGAGGGGCGGGGAAGAAAGAAUGCUGCCCGCGCUGCUCCCUGGUAGCACCCUGAGCGGCCGCGGUUGCGGCGGCGGCAGCAGCAGCAGCAGCAGCAGCAGCCUCAGCAGAAAGCACAGCGCGGGCCGAGGAGGCGGCUCGAGCUGCUGGUAGAGUCGCCCAAGAACAGCUGUUUCUCUGUAGUAUGCGAGUUGACAAAACAGCCAAAGAACGGGGAUCCCCAGUACAGUCUCCUUCGAGCUCUUUUUCCUUGCUACUUCGAGCUGAUUUAUGCGGAAACAUGCCUUGCACUUGUACGUGGAGGAACUGGAGGCAGUGGAUUCGACCUUUAGCGGUGGUCAUCUACCUGGUGUCCAUAGUGGUUGCGGUUCCUCUGUGCGUGUGGGAAUUACAGAAGCUGGAGGUUGGAAUACACACCAAGGCUUGGUUUAUUGCUGGAAUCUUUUUGCUGUUGACUAUACCUAUAUCUCUCUGGGUGAUAUUACAACAUUUAGUACAUUAUACACAACCAGAACUACAGAAACCAAUAAUAAGGAUUCUUUGGAUGGUACCCAUAUACAGUUUAGAUAGUUGGAUAGCUUUGAAAUAUCCCAGCAUUGCAAUAUAUGUGGAUACCUGCAGAGAAUGUUAUGAAGCUUAUGUCAUUUACAACUUCAUGGGAUUCCUUACCAAUUAUCUAACUAACCGGUAUCCAAAUCUGGUAUUAAUCCUUGAAGCCAAAGAUCAGCAGAAACAUUUCCCUCCUUUGUGUUGCUGUCCACCAUGGACUAUGGGAGAAGUAUUGCUGUUUAGGUGCAAACUGGGUGUACUGCAGUAUACAGUGGUCAGACCAUUCACCACCAUUGUUGCUUUAAUUUGUGAACUACUUGGUAUAUAUGAUGAAGGGAACUUUAGUUUUUCAAAUGCUUGGACUUACUUAGUUAUAAUAAACAACAUGUCACAACUGUUUGCCAUGUAUUGUCUACUCCUAUUUUAUAAAGUACUGAAGGAAGAACUGAGUCCAAUCCAACCUGUUGGCAAAUUUCUUUGUGUAAAACUGGUGGUUUUUGUUUCUUUUUGGCAAGCAGUAGUUAUUGCUUUGUUGGUAAAAGUUGGCGUUAUUUCUGAAAAGCAUACAUGGGAAUGGCAAACUGUAGAAGCUGUGGCUACAGGACUCCAGGACUUUAUCAUCUGUAUUGAGAUGUUCCUUGCUGCUAUUGCUCAUCACUACACUUUCUCAUAUAAACCAUAUGUCCAAGAAGCAGAAGAGGGUUCAUGCUUUGAUUCCUUUCUUGCCAUGUGGGAUGUUUCAGAUAUUAGGGAUGAUAUUUCUGAACAAGUAAGGCAUGUUGGAAGGACAGUCAUGGGACAUCCUAGGAAAAAGUUUUUUCCUGAAGAUCAAGAUCAAAAUGAACAUACAAGCUUGUUAUCCUCAUCAUCACAAGAUGCAGUUUCUGUUGCCUCUUCUGUACCACCUUCACCCAUGGGUCACUACCAAGGGUUUGGACACACUGUGACUCCCCAGACUACACCUACUACAGCUAAUAUAGCUGAUGAAAUAUGUAAUGACACUACAGAAGAGAAAAAAGAACUUAUAGACAAAUCUGUGGCCUCCUGAACAGUGUGCAAAAGCAAACUGCUCCUCCUACCAUGUUAUUUCAUUACCUGGUAUCCCAUUGCUCAGGAUUUUGUGCUUGGGACAAACCAUAAAUGAUGGAAAAUUUCAACACAGAAGGUGAAAGCCAGGUACAACUACUGGAUUUAUAUAACUGGGUUUUGUAAAUCACAAAUAAUCAGUCUAAAUAUCCUAGACUUAGACUUGAUUUCUUAACAUUAGAGUAUCACAUACUCAAAUGGUAGAAAAUGACUCUACUAAAUUGUUCCUGACGUUACAUUGCUUUAUCAAGAGGAUGGACAUUAAAAAAAAAAAAAAAAAAAAAAAAAAAAAUCCAUGCUUCCUACCACUGAUGCAUGAAUAUAAUGCUCUGGAUUUAGCAGAAAGUGUAAUUUGGAAAUAUGAAUUAGUGGAACUUAAUCAUGUGCCAUAUAUGCCUACCUAACAAUUAUUUCUCUAUUUCUCAACUGGAUGUCUUUCAAUAAAUAAGAAUUUAUCAUUUAUUUUCUGCAA